UUCUUUUUUUUCUUUAACUAAUUACGUAUAUAUGAAUCAAGUGCCUGAACCAGCAGGACAAAAAAACAGGCCGUCUUCUUUUCUACCUUUUGUCAUUCCGUCCAUUACUACGGAUGGAGGUUCUAAAUACCCGCCUUAUUUUGACGCCUGUAUUGCUGGUGGCAUAGGUGGAUCUACAGCUGAUUUCAUUAUGCACAGUGUGGAUACAGUCAAGACAAGAUUACAGGGGCAGCCUCAUACACGAGUACAGAAAUACACAAGCAUGGUACAGGCAUAUAAGCUGAUAUUUAAACAAGAAGGUGCCAUGCGAGGUUUAUAUGCUGGUGUGACACCUGCCAUGAUUGGUUCAAUUCCCGGUACUACUUUGUAUUUCGCCAUUUAUGAACUCACCAAACGCACAUUAAACGAAUCAAAUAUACCAGAAGUUGUGUCUCAUUUAACAGCUGGUUCGUUGGGUGAUUUAGCAGCUUCUUUUAUCUAUGUGCCUUCAGAAGUACUUAAGACGCGAUUACAACUUCAGGGCAGAUACAACAAUCCUCAUUUUGUGAGCGGAUAUAACUAUCAAAAUACAUGGCAUGCGACCAAGAUGAUUGUAAAAUAUGAUGGAUUUGGUGCAUUGUUUCAUGGAUUUAGAGCAACUAUUUUAAGAGAUGUACCUUAUUCAGCUAUUCAAUUUGCUUGCUAUGAACAAUUCAAAAAGAUUGCACAACAUAGAUUUAGAGAACCAGGCCAAGAAUUACCUAUAGGCAUAGAUAUGAUUACAGGUUCAUUAGCUGGUGGUAUUGCAGGUGCCAUUACAACACCACUGGAUGUUAUGAAAACCCUUUUGCAGACACAGAUUGGUACAAAAAAGAAACCUGCCAAUUCAGAUCUUCCACCUGUCAAACACUAUCAUGGUAUUCUGGAUGGUAUGAUUUGGAACUACAAAAAUCAAGGCAUGGCAGGUCUUUUUCGAGGUAUUGGUCCUAGAGUAUUUUGGACUAGUCUUCAGAGUGCGAUCAUGUUUGUUGUAUAUGAACAAGUACUUCAUAUUCAGUCUGAUUUAAGAAGUAAAGGUGAAUGGCCACCUACCAAAAUGGCUCAACAACUUUUAUAAGUUUAUAUUUGUAUCAUAGAGU